GGCAAAUGGGCUGCAUUGCAAUGCGUUACAUGGAAAUAAGAGACUAUAGCCUUUAAAUUAAAAAAAUAACACAACCGAAAGCCUGCUCGUAUCCAGGACGAUCUCGUCUUUUGCCGAACUCUGCAGCCCCUCCGUAAAACCCGGACGGACCUCUUAGCGCGUGCCACACGUUGUACGCCAAUUGAUGGGCAGGGUAGAUAAUGCUCGGCACGGAAAAUGCGGAAGCUCGGACCGGAAGUCCGGCUAAAAGUCGUCAGCGCGGCGGCGACGGUCCCCGGACACUUCGGAAGACUGCGCGAUAGAACGCGUUGACAACACCGCCGGAAGAGUGUGGUUGUCCCGCUGUAUGGGGCUGAAGACGAGGCGGUAGACCUGGGCGUAGUCCCGUCCGUCAGAAGGGGACCUGACGGGAGCCCUGGGAGGGGGUAGCGGGUCCGUUGCCCGACCACACGUUAGCUUCCCCGCCCCCGGCGGCUCAUACAAAGCGAUACCAAGUGAGCCGGCUAACGCUAGCCCGGAAGCUAACGGCUAGCCCGGAAGCUAGCGGCUAGCCCCCCCACACAGACUGGCUGGCUGGUUAGACUCGCAGUUCGAAAAAAAGAUGGAGGAAUCCAAUGGCAACAAACCCUUCAUGGUGACAACCUCCCUUAACUUUAAAGUCACCACCCCAUCCUUCUACAAUCAGCCAAAGAAGUUUGCUUCUGUGGCACCACCGCGGCCAAAAAGCCAAACGCCUCCCUCAGCUCCAUCUCCGACGCCGGCCAGCACGGCCGUCAUUGGCCGAGUCGGAGAGAUGCCUCCACCUCCCCCCUUGCUCUGCGAAGACUUCCCGCCCCCUCCUCCUCCAUUGGACGAUGAUUUGCCAGCUCCUCCCCCCGAAUGCCAAAUCACACCCCCUGCCUCUGAUGUCCCUCCCCCUGCCUUCCCUGCCCCCCCUCCAGUGGUGGAUGACCUUCCCCUCCCAGCUCCCCCUGAGGAAAGUGCCUGUCUGCCUACCGCGCCCUCUCCCCCUCCCCCACCACCCCCUCCACCCCUCCCUGCCUUUGGUUCCAGUAUUCCCAGUACUGCUGGGAACUCACAGAGGCUAAUGGAGAAGCAGACCAGUUUUGACAAACAGCUGGACUCUCUCACUGAUCUACUCUCUGAGAUGGAGACCAGAGGACCUUUCAACCCUAAGUUGCCAAGCCAGUAUUCUUCAGCACCAGCACCCAAGCCUCCUCCCACUGCUCCCAAACCAGCCCUCUCCUUCCUCCCUCCUCCGGAGAUGGGAGACCGUCCCCCUCCCGCGCCCUGGGCAGAGGAGCUGAAAGCCAGAACAAACCGACAGGCCAAUCACAACUCUGCAUCUGCCCCAGCUUCAACCCCUGCUGCUCAGCCAUUCGCCAAGGCCCCGGCAGUGGCUCCCAAGUCCGCCUUUGGAGGGAAAACGGCAACUUCCGCGGCAUCCCUGGCACAGAAACUGAACCAGAACCUGAACCACACCCCUACCCAGUUUGGGGGUGCGCCAAAACCUUCUCCUGUUCUCUCCUCUGCUACCAACUCUUUCCCUCCUCCUCCAGCGGCUCCUCCUGCACCUCCUGCACCGCCAGUCAACACAGCUGCUCCUCCUGCCUCAGGUCACGUAAGGAGUCAGGAGAAAGUGAGUCCACCCCCUCCUGCUCCUGUGCCCCCUCCUCAGCUCAAGACGAUGACAUCUCCACCCUCCUCCCCCUUCAGCCAGCCAGGGAAAAGUGCUCCUGCAUCAGUGUCCUCACCCCCUGGCCCGGGGGCUGUCCCUGGUGGUGGUGUGCCUCUGUCCAUGAGGGAGGUUGAAGAACUUGAGAGAAUGACCAAGGACUUCAUCAAAGACAUGGAUACACAUGCACCUGUCAUCACCUCACCUCCUACAGAGGUUUGUGGGAAGUGUGGUGAGGCUCUGUCGCGUACUCAGCCAGCAGUGAGGGCCAUGGAUAAGCUCUUCCACUCCAACUGCUUCUGCUGCAUGUCCUGCCAUCGCCCCCUGCAGGGCAUGCAGUUCUAUGACAGGGAUGGUUCACCUCAAUGUGAAGACUGCUAUGUUAAUUCCCUGGCGGUAUGUUCCCGCUGUGGGGAGCGGAUUACAGACCGUGUGCUGAAGGCAGUGGGCCAAUGUUUCCAUGCCCACUGUUUUCGCUGCAGCACCUGCUCCUGCAGCCUGGAGGGGGCGCCCUUCAUCACCGAUGAUAACAACAACCCCUACUGUGUCCAGGAUUACCACAGGCGAUUCUCCCCUCUGUGUGUAAGCUGUAAUGAGCCAAUUGUUCCUGCUCCAGGAAGUGAGGAGACAGUCAGAGUGGUGGCUCUUGACAAGAACUUCCACCUUAAGUGUUACCGCUGUGAGGAUUGUAACCGUCCCCUCUCCAUUGAAGCGGAUGCAGAUGGCUGCUAUCCAUUGGAUGGCAAGAUCCUGUGCAUGAAGUGCCACACCCAACGAGCCAAGCGUGCCAUGCAGUGAUUUGUGCAAACAUCUGCCGCUCAGUCAAACUAUGAACCAAAUCCAAAAAGCACAGAAUUCAUUCAGCUACCAUUUUGCCUUUGCAACAGGGCUUUACAUGUGUGCAGGCGUGAGUGAGUGAGCAUGAAAGUGCCGUUGUGAAUGUGUGUAUUUGCAUGCAGACAGAGUGCAGCGUUUCUUCCCCUCGGCUUCUCUUUUCUUCAGUGCAGAGGUAAUGUACUGCACCGAAAUUGACUUCUUGUGUUUUAUUCCCGAUCUCCUGUCCUCUGAUCUACCGCUAGCCUUCUGUGUGUGCCAGAGUAUGAGAUCAUGGCCCUUCUAUGUUUACGCUAAAACUCUCAGCAUAACUUGCACAAGAACAGCUUGGUCAAAAGGAGCAGUUCCAUCGAUCUGAAGUCACCUACCUUUUUUAAUUUCUCUCCUAAUUUUCAAAAGCCUCGUUUGCAAAUAGCCGUGUAUUGAUCCUAAACUAUCUCUGGCCACCCUACCGCUCUUGGACUGAUUUGAAAAAGAAAAGGGAUUGGUGAUAACAGUUUUAUUCUCUAAUCUAUCAUCGAGACACUUUAACCAUAGCAGGAGGAAUGUCCGACUCCUCCCGUAUGUUCGACUUCUCCCUUGAGCCCAACUGGUUGGCUGCUUUUACGCUACACUCAUAGCACAUAGGCAGUUGUAGUGCCUGCAAGCAUGUAGCUGUCCUGCCUAGACGGUGCUUUCUCGUCAGCCGCUCCACUCUCCUAGCAUCUGUAGCUUUUGUAGGGCUCUAAUCUGACUGCAAAAAAACACAACUAAAUGUUGUUAUUGUGAGUUUUCCUGUGUUUUAAUUUUCUUGUUUUAUAGGCAUGCGUUGUUAACAGAUGACUCUUAGUUGCUCUGCUCAUCGGGCCGUACUACUCGUAAUAAAGGUGAAAUAAGAUCAAAUUUGGGGAUUUCUCUUAAAGAAAUCCGUUCUUAGCUGACUUCAGCUUGUUAAGUAUUAUUAGAUGCACACUGUCGCAGAUUGUAAACACAGUGGCGGUUUGCUCAGCACAUAAUCCAUUCCGGUGAUCCUUAUCCUUGUUUGGAAAUGUCAGCGGCACAGCUGGAAGCGGGAGCUGUUGUGUGGUCGUUGCACAGCUCCGUGAUGUUGCCUUUUUGAGGGAGUAACGUAUGGAAACAAACUCCCCCGUAGUCUCACUAUGACUCGCGAGGCUCAGCGCUCGAUACGGCUGCUCAAGAGCACACAUUCGAGAAACACAGUCGUGACACUUGAGAAGCUGUGCGGACCUUUACAUCACAUGUCAAGGCUGCACACCACAGCAGGGUAAGAGAAACACCGCAGCUUUGAGCGCUGGUCCGGCAGACAAGACGGUUACUUGAUUGUAGCACAUUUUGACAAAAUACUUCAGAGUAGUAACUUUCGUACACAUUCGACGGGGUUUCAUUGCCUAAUUUGUGGCAUUCACUUACAUCCUUUGUAUUAUUUGUAAGGUUGUUGGUUUUGUGCACAGUAUGUGGGUCUUGUUCUUUCCCAAUAUAACGGUGAAUACCACUAUUCUCCCCAGUAUUCAUCUAUUGUACUUGUGCGUGUUGAUAUCAGUUAUAAAGUACUUUAUCCUUCCUGUAAUCUUACUGUAUUUUGUCUCAUUGAUAAAUACUUCCAUUCCUUUUUGUUUGGUGUUGAGCCCGGCAGUGUGCCUUCCCCACACUUCUGUUCUUCCCAAAGUGAGCCUGGCUUGCCUCUGUGGUGAUUCAUUCCUCGAAACAGGCGUUAUUCCUAGUUCUGCUUCUGUUAGGCCUGGCGUGGUUAGACAGCAUUCUGGAGGGCUAGACUAGCGUCCCAGUUACACGACAAAAUGUGAUCCAGCUCUGCAUGCGAACUGCGGGUGGCGGUGGCGAGCCACCGUCUUGUAGUAUUCUAUCACAGUGGCUUUAAUUUGCACAGCCAUGUCCACCCUGUGAGUGACCCUGCCGGUCUUCAUCGUCACGUGUGAUCACGUGACAAUGAGCUUUCUUCGUCAUCACGUGAUUGACGAGCUUUCUUCAUCACGUGUGAUCACGUGACGAUGAGUGUUCAUCAUCACGAUGUGAUCAUGUGACGAUGAGCUUUCUUCAUCAUCACGUGAUCACGUGACGAGUGUUCAUCAUCACAUGUGAUGAUGAGCUUUCUUCAUCAUCACAGUGUGAUCAUGUGACGAUGAGCUUUCUUCAUCAUCACGUGAUUGACGAGCUUUCUUCAUCAUCACGUGAUCACGUGACGAGUGCUCAUCAUCACAUGAUGAUGAGCUUUCUUCAUCAUCACAGUGUGAUCAUGUGACGAUGAGCUUUCUUCAUCAUCACAGUGUGAUCGUGUGACGAUGAGCUUUCUUCAUCAUCACGUGUCAUCAUGUGACGAUGAGCUUUCUUCAUCAUCACAUGAUGAUGAGCUUUCUUCAUCAUCACAGUGUGAUCACGUGACGAUGAGCUUUCUUCAUCACAUGAUGAUGAGCUUUCUUCAUCAUCACAGUGUGAUCAUGUGACGAUGAGCUCGCAGCUGCAUUAUUUAAUGUCCUGUUGUCCUGCGGUAUUAUAUGAUGAUGGCCUUGUCUUUUUCAUAUAAAUCCUUUUUUUUUUUUUUAUUCCCAUUAUAUUUGUGUGAAUGUGUAUAUGUUUACGAUUAUACUUGCCAGCAUUCAUUACCAGCACCCUGCUCCCCACUUUCAUUUUGCUGUAUUAAAAAAACAAAGAAUACAAGUAAAACUAACUGCUAAAC